CCCGCCCCGCCCCGCCCCGCCCCGCCCCGCCACACUGAGUGGGCCCCGCGGUGCGGAGCGGAGCGGCGGGGCGGGACGCGGCGAUCGAGCCCGGCGAGACAGCGGCGGAAAGUGCCACGACUCCACACGUCCACGAAAGCGAGGAGGGACCGCGACCUGGCACGGGCACAGAAGAAUAAGGCAGGAUGGACGUGUAUGACCCUCAGACACUGGGUGUUGUGGUCUUCGGAGGUUUUAUGGUGAUAUCAGCCAUUGGGAUCUUCCUGGUGUCCACUUUCUCCAUGAAGGAGACAUCUUAUGAGGAAGCCUUGGCCAAACAACGCAAAGAGCUUGAGAAGACCCAGCAGCAGAAAAUGGAAAAAAAGAAAAAAGAGAAACCUGUUGAGAAAAAAGGAAAAGCAAAGAAAAAGGAAGAGAAACCUAAUGGAAAGAUCCCAGAGCAGCAGAUGACUCAGGAAGUGACAGACCCUCCCAAGGAUGUGGUUCUUGAACCUGCUGUGGUGCUUGAGCCUCUAACAGUUGAAUCUCCAGUUGCAGCAGUGUCAGUUGUCCCUCAGGAAAAGGAGAAACCUAUUCCUUCACCUAAGGAUAAGAGGAAGAAGGAGAAGAAGGUGGCAAAGGUAGAGCCUGCUUCUAGCCCGAUGUUGGCUUCAGCUCCUGUCAGUGUCCCCAAAAGUUCUCCUGUCCUGGAGGUGACCCCUAAGGAGGUGCCUGUUGUGGCUGUGCCCCCCGUUGGCACACAGCAAAGUGCUCCUGUCAACUCUGUCACCAUCAAGAAAAUCGAUGCUCUUCUGACCCAUGAGGAGCAGAAGCAUGAUGGACCUGUCAAGAAGAAGGCUGCAUCCAAGAAGAAGAGCGAGCCAGCACCUACAGAUUCAGAUGGGCCCCUCUACCUGCCCUACAAGACACUCAUGUCCACUGUCAGCAACAUGGUGUUCAGUGAGGGUGAGGCCCAGCAGCUCAUCGAGAUCCUGACGGAGAAAAUGGGCAUCAUGGACACCUGGCACACGGCCACUCAGAAGGGUGACCCAGUUGCUGCCCUGAAACGCCAACUGGAAGAGAAGGAGAAGCAGCUCUCAGCCGAGCAGGAGGAUGCAGCUGCUGCCAGAAACAAGCUGCGGGAGCUGAGCAAGGACCUGGCAGCAGAGCGGGCCAGGGCGGUGGCUGCAGAGGGCAAGCUGAGGGAGCAGCUGGUGGCCCGUGAGCGGGAGAUGGCGGCGGUGCAGGUGCGCAUGCAGGCCAGCUACCAGGACCAUGUCAGUGAAACGCAGCAGCUCCAGGUCAAGAUCCGGACCCUGCAGGAACAGUUGGAGAAUGGCCCCAACACACAGCUGGCUCGCCUGCAGCAGGAGAACUCCAUCCUGAGGGAUGCCCUCAACCAGGCCACCAGCCAGAUGGAAAGCAAGCAAAAUGCUGAGUUGGCCAAGUUACGGCAGGAGUGCAACAAGCUGAUGAGAGAGCUGUCUGAGAAAUCGGAGGUACUGCAGCAAGAGGAGCAGCAGAGGAAGAGCUGCGAGAUCAAAGCGGCGGCUUUGGAGAAGCAGAACGAGCAGCUGCAGGCUUCCCAACAGGAGGUGGAGGUGCUGCUGCAGAAGAGGCUGGAUGAAGUCGGUGAUGAGCUCCGCAAAACCCAGACCAGCUACAAAAGCUUGUUAGCAGAUGCAGAAAAGGCCAAAGGACAGCAGCAGAGCAUUGCUGAACUGCAGGCCAAACUACUGAGUUCCGAAGCAGAGGUUAAAAGUAAGUUGAUGGAGUUGGACAGUGUGAAAGGGAAACUGCAGGAUGCCAGUUCGGAGAAUACGAAGCUUCUGGAGAGGAUCAAAUCCAUCGAAGCUCUGCUGGAGGCAGGCCGGAUGAGGGGGGCAGAAAAAGACAGAGACUUGCAGGCAGCCAAUGAAGCAGAAAUGAAGCAGCUGCAGUCAAGACUCCAGGAGAACACAAACCAGCUCUCAUCCUUGGAAAGGGAAGCCACAGAGCUGCGAGAGGCAGUGGAGCAACAAAAGAUAAAAAACAAUGACCUUCGUGAAAAGAACUGGAAAGCAAUGGAAGCGUUGACCAUGGUGGAGAAGGCGUGUGAGGAAAAACUACUUGCUGCUACAAAAGCAAAGGAAGAGCUGGCCCAAGAGCUGGACGCUUUCCAGACACGAACUAAGCAGACUCUGCUCUCUGCCUUCCCUGGAGUCAAUGUGUCCUCACAGCAGGAUUAUGAUACUUGGCUACAGGAGUUUAAGGAGAAGACUGUGAGUGUGCUAAAGCACCAGGUGAUUACAGCAGAGCCCCCGGAUUCAGCUCUUAAAUUGAAAGAGGCAGAGGAAGCACAAAGCACUUUACAAGCAGAAUGUGAGCAGUAUAGAACUAUCCUCGCAGAGACAGAAGGGAUGCUGCAAAACCUGCAAAAGAGUGUGGAAGAGGAGGAGAAGAUCUGGAAAGCAAAGCUCACAACCUCUGAAGAAGAGCUCCAAAAGUCACACUUCCAACUGAAAUCCCUUGAAGCCAUGGUGGAGAAGUUGAAAGCAGAUCUGCAGAACACAGAUCAGCUAAAGGAAUACACCUCUCUUCUGGAAAUGCAAUUGGAAAAUCACUUGCAGACAGCCAGUUCUGAACGUCAAAACUACACAAAGGAAGUUGAAGUUUUGAGGCAGCUCUUGUCAGAGUCCCAGGAGCAGCUGGUGGCAGCAAAGACUGAAACGCAGAAGCAGAGCAAGGAGCUGGCGCUGUUGAAAACCCAGCUGGAGCAAAACAAAACACUGGUGGAGAAGGAACAAGUGCUGCGGCAAAAGCUGGCAUGGGAGCUGGAGGAGGCCCAGAACUCGGCAUGCACGUUACAAGCAGAGCUGGAAAAGCUGAGACUGUCUGAAAAUGCAGCAGCUUCAGACACGGAGGAGGCCCAGCAUCUCAAGGAAAGACUUGAAAAAGAAAAAAAAUUAACAAAGGACCUGGGUCAGGCAGCAGCCAAACUGCAGGAGCUGCUGAAGGUUGCCCAGGACCAACUGGCCAAAGAGAGAGAAACGGUGAAGAGAUUGAAAGAACAGCUUCAGGAAACGGGGAAAGAGGACAGUUCAAAGGAAGGGACUUCAGUUUGAUGAGUCUGCAACCUAGACCUUACCAUUCAACUUACCAGAAUGCCUUACACAUUCCUAAAAAUAAAAAUAUAUGCUAAAUUUACUGUAGAUAAGAGAUACAAGCCAUUAGUGGCCCAAAACCUAGUUUUGAAACUGAAAAAACAAAACAAAAAAACAACAAAAAACCCCACAACACCCCGCCCCCCCAAACAGUAAACACUGCAGUUUGUAAGAAAAUCUUCAUAGUGUUUGUACAACUCUUUUGUUUCCCAGGGAGCCACUCUGACAAUGCCAGGGCAAGGGCUGGGGCUUCACCCUCCUUGUUGCAGCAGAAUCCACAAAUAUGUGCAAAAGGGAACACUGUGUUUGUACAUCAACUGGUGCAAUUAUAUUUUUUUUUCUUUUUUUUUUUUGAGUGAAAGAAGUGUGAAAGUAAGACCCACCAUGGAAGGAUGCCGCUCUUUGAGAGGUGGCUUUUGGCAUGUAUCCUCUUUUGUAUUUCUGGGUGUCGAUGCAAUUAAAAUGAUGUAGUGAAAA